UUGUGAUGUGGACAGUGGAGACAGAUUUGAGACCAUAGUCAUAGAAAACUAUGACAAAAAGGACUCUGUAGAUUCCCGACAAAAUCAGAAGAACCAUGCACCAUGGGAUGACUUUGAUUACUUGCAAAUCGUGGUCUACGACCUUCAUGGGCAGGCCAGAGGAAGGCUUGUGCAUGGCAGCGCUAUGGAAGAGAUAAUGGAGCUAGGGCAAACUGUGUACUCGGGGAUUUGCUUUAGCUCCAUCCACGGAGAUUUAGCAGUGAGCGAGUACAUGAUAAAGAAGUACAAAUUGGGGAGCAAAUACAUCAAGCCAGACUUGUCUACUCUGGUAGCCAACGUGACACCUGUGUGUCAGGGAAACAGCAUUGGUCACGUGAUCUGUGAUGUAUUACAAUGGGACGGUAGUUUG